AACCGCGGUCCAAGAUGACAAUGGCCAACAGGAGAAAGGAUUCUAGGUUUUUCGCCCAGGUACGGGACAGAGAAACCAGCCUGCCUGCAUCAAAAGGGCUCGUUGCUCUCCUUUAAGUGAAUCUGCAAACCGAACGGCGGCAGACGCACAGCAUCAGUACCGAGAGACUCGCAACAGCUGGUCUCCCUGCACCCCCGACGAAACAACAAACCCGGGGAGGGACGGUAGGGAGAGGGGGGCAUGCGGUCAAAGAGGACGCCGUUUCCCCCCGGAGAGCCAUGGAGAACCGGGAUGCGGCAGCGCGAAGCUUAAUCUGUGCGGGCACGCUAAUUGGAUCGGAAUAGCUCCGAUUGCUGCGGGCGCGAUAGUGGAGCGCCCUGGACCGGCGGAGGCACAGCACCCCACCGCUACAGAGGAGAACCAACCGGAGUCCAUCCCCCAACAAGUCAAUGAGUAUUGUGGCAGAGCAGCCCCCGCGGUGGAGUCGGCCAGGGCAGCACUUUCCUAAAAUAUGACCAGGGGUGCUUGGAUGCGUCGGCAGCAUGACGAAGGCUUAAAAUACUGGUUUGCACCCCGAGAGAACGAGAAGCCAUUUACCGAGUCGGAGAGGGCCCAGAGAUGGCGACUGUCGCUGGCCUCUCUGCUGUUCAUCACCGUCCUCCUCUCUGAUCACUUGUGGUUCUGUGCCGAGGCAAAACUGACGCGAACCCGAGACAAGCGGUCAGACGAGGGGCUUGCAAUUACAGACAUGGGCGAGUACCCAAACUACGGACACCACAUCCAAACAUCACCUGACCCCCAGCGUCUCGCCAGAGAGCAAGAUGUUAUUUUUCUAGGGAAUUCUACCAAACCUCUGUGGCGAAUGGACACCUGUCACCCUGACAGCCUGUCCAAAGACUGCUUUACUUUCACGGACGCGGAGACCGUGUGCCGGGGCCUCUCUGGUAGAGGGGAAAACGGGACACAGUUGGCGUACGUGAAUCUGAGCGAUUUGUACCUUUCUUUUUGUAAUUCCUACUCACUUUUGGAUUUGUUUUACGGGUUUACGAAUCUGGACGAUAUGAACUGCACCCUGGAUAUGGCCACUGGGGUGGAUGUGCUGGGAUGCAGUGAGUGUGUCCAGGCUUAUCAGCGUCUUGACCAGGAGGCGGAGGACAGAUACCACGAGUUUGAACUGCUGGUUCAGAAAUACGAGACAGAUGCAUACUCGGUUAGGACGUGCAUGGAGGAGUGCAAGAUGGUUUAUAAGCCCUGGCUGUGUUCUCAGUACUUCCAGACCACCCAGAUGCACUGCAGCAAUCGAAUCCCCUGUGGUCAGUACUGCCUGGAGGUGCAACAGCGGUGCCCCUUUGUCCUGCCCGACAAUGAUGAUCUCAUUCACGGAGGCAGCCCCAGUUUUAUAUGCACAGGGCUGCUGGAAGACUAUCCAUCAGGUGUGGACCCAGAUGCAGAGUGCUGUGACGUGCGGUGGUACUUGAAAGUGGACAACCGUUCCCGGGGGACCCUGAAAAGAACUCACCCACCAUGCCAGCACCGUACCUCCCUCAGCUCCUCAGCAGCCUGCAGACUGUGUAACAGCCGGCUCAAACUCUGCCUGCUGGUCCUUGUUCUCCUACACACUGUUGCCAGCCUCACAGCAUCCCACAAUGCAACAGGAUUGGGCCUCCCCACCAUCACGCCUCUGGAGGAGAGCCCUGCCAAUGAGGAGUGAUAGAGUUGCCAGGAGGAGGUGAGGUUGUUGGGGUGGGGGAAUUCCCUCACCAUGGCAACCAAUAUGGAAAAAUACAGCCACAGCUGUGCCAACGGCUGGAGCUGUAUUCUUGUGGACAUCCUGCAACGCUUUCUGGCAAAUGGAAAAUGUGGGAUGCUUUGAUAUUAAAGACACAUGAAUCAAUCAAGACAAAUAAAUAACUAAACAAACAGACAUACUGAGGGAUUCAAACAGUCCCUUAUGUAGGGAAAGGGGACAAUGCCACAGCCUUUGUUGAGAGGGAAGGUCAGCUUCCUCGUGGCUGAGUUUCUCUCACUACGCUUUUUUACACUGUGUUCCAAUUAUUGGUUUCUGUUGCACUGGCUAACUAUGGAAUAACACAAUCAUAUUCUCUUUUUAAUGUUCAUCCUUUGUCUUUGUUUCUGGGUCUGUCAUACAGAAAGAAAAUGUGUCUGCCUCUAAAUAAGACAAACAAAGUGUAAAAUAAGAAGUAUCUGUGUGUGUGUUUUCUAGAUUUAC